AUGAAGAGCCUGCUCUUGACCUUCAUGCUUCUGGGGCUGGUGGCUGUCCUGAAGGCCCAGGAAGUUCCAUCAGAUGACCACGAGGAUUACUCUGGGACCUGGUAUUCAAAGGCUACAAUAUACAAUGGCAGCCUACCCAGUCACAGGAUACCCUCAAAGUUUUUUCCUGUGAAGAUGACAUCCCUGGAAGGUGGAGAUAUGGAGGUCAACCUUAUAUUAUGGUUGAGCGGUCAGUGCCAUGCCCUAAAAAUCCUGAUGAAGAAAACUGAUGAGCCUGGCAAAUUCACCUUCUUAAAUGGCAAGAGGUCCAUGUAUAUCACAGCGCUGCCAGUGAAGGACCACUAUAUCUUCUACUGUGAAGGCCAUCACGAUGGGAAGUUCUUUCGCAUGGGAAAGCUCAUGGGGAGAAACCCUGAGGAAAACCCAGAGGCCAUGGAAGAAUUUAAGAAAUUUGUACAGCUUAAGGGACUCAGAGAGGAAAACAUCCUUGUACCAGAGUUAAAAGAGCACUGUGUGCCUGAAAGCGACUAG